AUGCAAACUGAACCGCCAGGGUAUUCAAAAGAGCUACCGCAAAAUGAAGAGAAAACUAUGCCCCUUAUUGCACCAUGUCCUCCUCGUGGACUUAAAAGAAUGGAAGGAACUAGUAAAUUGAAACCAAUAGCUCCUGACUCCCCAGUCAAGAGAUUUCAAGCUCCGUCUUCAUCAAGUCUUCUGGGACAUUCUGUAUCUAUGCCGUCCAUGAGGCUCGGCACGGGCUCCACUCCAGUACGCCCGUUCGUCGCCAAUGGACAAAUUGUGACACCGACCAUGGGCUCAUUGCUCACUCGCACGUUAACUAGUUCGAUACCAUUCAAAGUUAUGACACCAGCUGAAAAGAGAGUUCCUGCGCCUUUAAAAAUUCAUCAGACGAAGGGGACGAUAACUCCAAUUCGACUGAAAAUUGAGAGAACUCCCGGAGGAACUAUCAAUAAAGCUGUAGUAGUCCCGAAGCUUCCUGAGUCAGAAAUUUCUCGGAAUAGUGAUGAUGGUCAAGUAACUCCUCCUGCUGGAAUGAAGAGGUCCACCAGUGGAUCAAUGUUGUUAAGGCGAACUCCGGAAAGGAUCAGAAGACAAGAGGAGAUCGAAACAUCACCAGAAAAGCGAAUGAGAAGAUCUGGUUCCAUACCCCGUUCACUGCGUUUGGAGGAAUCAUUGCCAAUCCCACUAUCCGAUAAUCAAACGCCAGUUUUGAAAAGAAAACGCACAUCUUCUCUGACGUCACUUUUCUCCGAUAUGCCUGUAUUAACUCCACAAACACGUCUUCGGCCGCGAGGUGUAUCAGAAAGCCGGGAGGAUCGGACGUCUCCGCAAAAAGGAAUCGUAUCUCCGCUCAAAAAACGAAGUCGUCAAGUUUCUGGCAGCAAACCUCCAAGUCCUUUGAAAAAACGCGAUUUCUCAACUGUCAGCAUUACCAUGACAGGAGGCGAUCAAGGAACAUCUAAUCGAUUGUCGAGAACGCCUGUUCGUAACAUCAGAUCCACGAUAUUCAAUCCGAAGGUUGUCUCUGAUCAUAUAGCUCAAACAUAUGGGCAAGGAAUCAAAAGACCAAUUGAUACGGAUCUUUUGUCUUCAAGUAACCCAGUUCCUCCGAAAUUGAUUACUCGAUCCACUUCCGGAGAAACCUACUACAGCGCAAUAGAAGAUGAAUUGGCACAACAAGAAGAAACCAUCACGGAAAGAGCUGAAGUGUUCCUAACACCACACGCAUCGGAAUGUAGUGCACAAGAAUCAUUCGAUUUUUUACCAAUUUUCGAAAAUUAUUGGACAAGGUGCUUGUGCGCGCUCUCCGACUUUUUUCAUCGGGCAGCGCAAACAGAGAAUAGGGAGAACAAGAGACCAAUAAGCGUUCUGGGAACAGUUCUACCGGGGAUGUUGAACGGGGAGGAGGAUGAAGGAUUCGGUGAUUCUAUGAAAACUAUCAAAAAAGGACAGGGGACGGCUUUGGCUAGGAGUCUUUCGUUGAAAUUAUCUCCACUAAAUCAGGAAAUCAAACCAAUCGGAAACACAGAGAAGUCUUGCUCCACUCCAUCUCUUCCAACAGCACCACUUCUGCGACAAGGCUCAACCUCGUCUCUACGGUUCAAAGUGUCACCAUCCAACUUCUUGAAAUCAAUUACUGUAACUCCGGUCACUCGUCCAAUUGAAAUUGUUCCUCAACCGUCGCUAGCUCCAGUAGCCCCAGUAGAUCCAGUAGUGAUUCCUGAGUCAUCCCCUGUAGAAUUAUCGGAACCUUCGACUUCCGGAGGAAUAAAAGAAAUGGCGGUUGUGAGAAAAUCAGUCUUGAAAGCACCGAAAGCUGCGUUCAAAAUUAGAGAAAAUCAUAUGCAAGGUUCCCGUCGUAGACAGAUAAAGUUUAACGGAUUGGAUGUGCAUUACUUCGAUCGGUGUCAAGGAGAAUCAACAGUACCAUCGGAAGGAGAUGUUUCUCUCGAUAUGCACAACACACAUCACUGUCAUCGUUAUUUCUCGCUUGCAUCUGGGAAACGUCCACUACUGGAUCUAGCAUUGUAUGACGACGGGGAACUAUCAGAGGGAGAAGAAAUUUAUCCAGAUUCUGAUGAUCAGGAAUACGAUGAGUACGCCUCGGCUAAAACUAUCAACAGGCUGAAUCAAAGGCUCCGCAUAAAAAUGCUCAAAAAGAGUGGAGUAAAGGUUGAAAAGACGGCCGUAGCAGAAUCGUGGAGAGCGACGCGUACGGUUUGUGGAUGCUCCUGCGAGAAUGGAGUAUGUCUGCCAGAUACGUGUGAAUGUGCAUUGAGUGGAAUAAACUGCCAAGUGGACGGAGGCAACUGGCCAACGCAUCCUUGUACAUGCGUCGUUGACACAUGCGACAACCCAAAUGGACGUAUAUGCUAUGAUCAAGAAGCCGUAUUUUCCUACCGUAGGAAGACGAUUGACUUUUGGAAAGCUUCACAAGUUACGGGUAUCACUGGAAGUCCGCAGGUCACAAAGUUUGUAGAUAGUGACGAUAAAGAGGAUAAGCAGUCGAAAAAUUGGCAUCUUAAAAAUAUUACAUUAGAGCAAAGUCCUACUAAAUUUCCGGUGACUCCGGUUUAUACACGCCGAGCGCGUUCAACGUUAUCCGAUAUUCGAGAGAGUGGAAGUGAAGCAUCCACAUCGGUGACGCCAUCUACUUCAUUAUCGGAAAGAAUGAAAGCAAUGCAGCAUUUGGAAAAUGAAGUAUGCGUCGAAGUAGAAGAAAAAGAGUACGAAGACGUUGAUAAGGAAGAAACUUUGGUUGAGGCAGAUCUCACACUUCAAGAAGUCUACGUUACACGGGAACCGGAAUCAAUGAAUUCUGGAACAGAUUUACUCGACACACCAAUGAGCCCGGUCAAAACAACGCUGGUCGUUUAA